AUGGAAAACUUGACCACAGCACUAUAUGUUGUUGAAAAUGACUAUAACGUAACUCAUUUGGAUGUAGAUAAAAACGUUACUUUGGAUUAUUUAAAUAACUACAAAAAGUCAAAAAAUAUCAAUUACUUUUGGUUUACAUCAGACAAUGAAAAUUCACCGCAUUUAUCCAUAAUAUUGAAGAUUGCAAAUCUUGAGGUGGAUCACCUACCAGAGCUAAGAAAGAAAAAUUACAACCCAGAAAAUACUGCCCUACCGAAUAACGUUAUGUUUUUAAAAUUCGUUUUGCAUCCCAAGAGAAUUAAUGGAAGUAUUCUAAACAAAGAAAACACUAUAUUAGUAUUUGUAUUUGGGAAUUUGAUAAUCACUUUUGGAGUUCCUAUGGUAAAGUUGAAAUUAAAUGCUGCGAUGUUAGAGGCCAUCAAAAGGAAAAAAUUCUCGAGCAAACAAUUUUUACAGUCGAUCAAUACUGUAGUUCAAAACCGAAGCUUAGUCAACAUAUGGAUAUGGUGGAGGAAAGUGAAUGAAGUCAGAAAAAUUGCAGAAGAAAAAAUAAACUUAGAGAAUAUAGCAAUAGAUAAUCUAAAAUAUGACAGGUUCACUGGAUCUUUAAUGAAAUUCGUUAACAUCUUCAGAGAGCCACGAGCUCCUCUGAAUAAUGACCAUGACCCUGAUUGUAGUAAAAUUUCAGAGGCCCCAGGAAAAUAUGAGGACGAAGCAAUGGUUUUUGCUACGCAUUUUUCUGCUGUUUCAAAUAACUUAAUGCAAUAUUGCAAACAAAGUGUUUUUGAACGUCAGUUGGUAACUACAUUUCAACAGGUUCAAAAUGUAAAUGCCAAAAUAACCGAAACGCUCCGUGAGCUACGCAUGGUCCAGGCAAAGGGUCAUCGUAGUUCAAAUUUUAUUCAUUUUUUUUUAUCGAAGUUAAUUGAAACAGCUAAUGCUCUUGUUUCUGAAUUAGUUGCUAAUGAAUUGAGCACAACCCGCUGUAUUCUUUUAGUAACUAUUUUUACUAUUUUCUUCAUUUUCAAAUGUAUACACUUUUUGAAAACUAGCUAA